AUGGUGAUGGACCUCGGCUUUCCAAUCUUCGAUUAUAGCACGACCACGUACACGACCACCAUGACAGCCUCGUCCACGGACGAGGGCUGCAACUGGAACGCCUGGUCGCCGGUGGUCGACUGGAAGGCGCUCUCCGGUGACCAGGAAGACUUCCAAAACCUCAUUGAUUCCAUGAUUGAUGAAAAUGUAGUGUUGCACCCUAUUGAUCAACUUGAAGAAACAGAGGAGGAAGAAGAAGAGUACAACAAUUUAUCCCCGGAGUACAACAUGGCGGAGGCCGAGGACUCGAAGGGGCUGCGACUCAUCCACCUCCUCACGGCGGCAGCGGAGGCGGUGGUGGGCCCCAACGAGUGCCGCGGAUUGGCCAGGGUGAUAUUGGUUCGGCUCAAGGAGUUGGUGUCGCCAACCGACGGCACCAACAUGGAGAGGCUCGCGGCCUACUUCACCGACGCCUUGCAAGCUCUGCUCGACGCCGCCGCCGGAGGAAAACAUCCCCUCGGCGUCGAGCACCACCGGACCGACGUCCUCGCGGCGUUCCAAUUGCUGCAGGACAUGUCCCCUUAUGUCAAAUUUGGCCAUUUCACGGCCAAUCAAGCCAUAUUGGAGGCCGUGGCCUUCUAUUUGGACAUCUCAAGAUUGUGA